UACGUAUAUUUCGGUAUUUUCCUAAAAUUUAUUCUGGUCACACACACUGAUAGUGACAUUAGUUUGACAACUAGAAUUCUUAGUUUUUCAGUCAGCUCAGCAUGAUUGAUUUAUUUUUUCACGGUGUUGUGCAUUUUUAACUAUAAAAAUUCGCUUACCUAAUGUCUUUAUUCGACACGGCAGUAUUUAAUUCCACCCUUUACGAGGCUCUGUACCUUCAAAUAGGUGAUACUUUAACAUUAGCCAGAGAGUUCAUCGAGUCUUGUAUCACUGCUUUGCCCAUUGAAAAACUUCCUAAUACUGUAAACUUAUCUGAAUUAUCUAUUUACGAGGAGAUUGCUAGUGUUUUCUACUUCAACGAGUUCCAGUUCUUGUUGUUGAAGACAUUUUUCCUGAUACUUUUGUUUACUCUGCUAUUGAUUUUCAUUUCGUGGCGGGUCUACGGAAAACGCAUUUCUGAAAGGUUUAUGAGACCCGCGACAUCAGCUACAAUCGAACAAUUGAGAGAGAGUGUGUCAAAAUUGAAGUUACCAAAAGAACACACACCUCGCAUAUAAAUGGAUAUGAAGGAGAAAUUCAAAAACUUUUUUCAAAAAAAGAAAGCCGAUGCCAAGUUUAAGCUCGCAGGUCCAGGGCACAAGUUGAGCGAAUCGAACGUUAGUAACAGUUCUAAUAGUUCUAGAAAAGAUGUGCCCGUGGUACCGAGAGCGGGUUUGUCGGAGGAGAGUAAGAUUGCGGCAGAGGCUGCCUUAGCUAGAUUACAAAAGAAGAGGGACAAUCCAUCAUUUAAUACUUCCUUGGCUGCUAUCCAGGCACAAGUAAAGAAAGAGAUGGAAAGUGAAAGAGCAGCUGCAUCGACAGCAGCAACCAGCUCGCCGAAUACUGAACAAGAAAAACAUGACACUGAGGCAGAUUUGCCAAAGAACUAUGCUGCUAGUGGAGUAUUCUUCAAAUGUCCCUUAAUAAGUAAUGACAUUCUACCCCGUGACGAAUGGAAAAUGAACAUAAAGAAGUUUCUUUACGAACAACUGGCGGAAGAGAGAGGGCUGACUGCGUGUCUCAUGAUACAGUCAUGUAACAAUAACAGGGAAAAGAUAGACACCUGCGUAGAGACUCUUUGUAAAUACCUGGAGAACAUAAUUCAACAUCCAGACGAAGAAAAAUAUCAAAAGAUUAGAAUGAGCAACAGGGCUUUCUGUGAAAGAGUCCAGCCUAUAGAAGGAGCUAUGGAAUUACUAAUCGCAGCAGGAUUCACACAAACUAAAUUACAAAACCCCGAAGGAGUUGAUGAAGAAUACCUCGUAUUCAACAAGGAUAACGUUGAGUCAAUAGAAAGCUUAGUGACUUUAAUAGAUGCUCUUCGUUCAGCGGAACCAAUCCAACUGGAGUUGGAUAGAAACUUGCAAGUGUUGUUGCCUUCACAAGCGGCGGCUAAAAUGCAAUUACCUUCGUCUUUCUAUGCCCUCACUCCUGAAGAGUUGAAGAGAGAAGCACAACUUAGGGCUGAAGCCAUAGAGAAGAGUCAGAUGCUGCGGACUAAAGCGAUGAGGGAAAAGGAUGAAUUAAGGGAGAUGAGGAAAUACAAAUUUGCCAUCAUAAGGAUACGCUUCCCAGACGGAAUAUUGUUACAGGGCACAUUUUCCGUAUACGAACGCUAUAUGGAAAUCCACGAUUACGUUCAAGAAAACCUCGAACAUAGCGGUCUCCCAUUCGUCCUAAACACUCCAACGGGCCACAAACUACUGAUCGAAGAGGACGCGAAUAAGACCCUUAUAGACUUAAGACUUGUACCGGCGACAGUGCUCACAUUCGCUUGGCAUUCUUCCGUUAUCGAAGAAGUCAAUCAGAGUCCAAAUAAGGAUGUUUAUUUGAAACCGGAAGUCAUGAUUUUAGUGCAAGAGGUUUAAGGCAGUAUAAAUAGCACAUUGCAACGCAUUUGUCUCGUUUUGUUGUGCGUUUUGAACGUGUCUGUGAAUAUUAAAUAACCUCGUUAAAAUGAUUUACUAAAAUUAUAAACAUAGCGGGACUUACUAUAAACAAAUUAGACACUGAUGUCGAUUCUGGCAUGAUUCUCUAAACCUAAACUUAAAUUUGACAACAGUGUAUCCUUGUCAUUCUCUAUACAGAAUGAAUUGGUGAGACUGAUGUUAUUUAAGUUUAGAGAAUCAUGCCAGAAUCGACACCACUGUUUCAAACAUUGUAAAGGCAAAUUUGGAAGGAAGGCCUGUGCCCCAACAGUGGGGACGGACAAUAGGCUGAUGAUGAAUGUAAAUUUAAUUACAAUCAUUUAUUUCAGCCAUUUGGCCAUAUCAAUAUAACAAUAAUAAUAAUUAACAAUGAAUGCCAACAUAUCUAUUUGAGAUAAAAAAUUGCCAAAAUAUCAGCAAAAAUUUUCUAAAAUACGAAUGAAUUCAUAAAAAAUUAGAAAAAUAAAACAGGUUCAAGGAAAAAAACAUUUUUUAUUAUAUUAUGUUACAAAAGUAGGACUUCGCCAUAAUUUAUUAUGCAAGAAUAUGGUACAGAUCUCAAUAGCACAGCAUAAAGUGCAUAAUAUUAUCGUCAUCAUCAGCCUAUUAAUGUCCCCACUGCUGGCAGGCCUUCCCUAUGGACGGAAUAGGGAGAUUGGGCCGUGACCCACCAUGGGGCCCAGUGCGGAUUGGUGGGUGCUAACGACUGCAGAUGCAGCCGGGACCAACGGCUUAACGUGCCUUCCGAAGCACGGGGGAACUCGAGACAGAAGAUCUUUGGUCACCCAUCCAAUGACCGACCACUGCGAAAGUUACUUAACUUCAACGAUCGCAGCCGAAUAACAUUAUUAUUAACAUUAUUGUUUCGUCAGCAUUAUUUUAUAAAAAUAUUACUACGGUUCGGACACUUGUGCGUUGCAAUGUGUUUUCCACGCAUUUCAAUGUAAUAAUUUAUUAUUAUAUACAGGUGCUUAUACAGGCGAGAAAUGUAUGCUAACGAAUAAGAUGUUUCCCGUCUGUGUUGGAUUGAAAUUGGAAUUUGUAGCCGAAAAGCGGUUGCGCUGUCUUUUGUAUUAUAAUAAAAUGCGUCCAUUGUUUAUUUGAUUAACUUUGUAGAAAAUUAAUAGCACACAGGGCCAGAUUAAGGGCAGGCCAAGUGGGGUAGUGACCCAAAAAAUAAAUGUCAAUGGGUCACCAACCGAGGGGGGGGGGGGGUAUAUAGGGGCCUUUACACCUUUAAAUCCGGCCCUGUUUGCACAUUAUGUUCAAUUUACCCAAAACACAGUUUUUAUUGUUGUUUAUUCAGUGGGACACUUUUUGCAGGCUAUUGUAAGCUUCAAUAUUUAAAUACUACAUAUUUUCUUGGUAUAUUUUAGCCAGCUUAGCGAAUGUUUAUUCAAAUGUUUUUGGGAGAUAUUUUUUGUCCGCACUACACUUGGCUUUUCGUCUUUGCUAUAUGUCACUUGAACAGCAGGUUGUCCUUAUCACACACUCUAUAGAGAAUGAAAUGGAGUGACUGUUGUCAAGUUUGAAAAUAGGGAAGUGCUGGCGUUAUGCUUUCGUUAUGGGAGUGGAUAAGAUCCAUCACCAUAGCAUAUUUGUUUUCAUUUAUUAAAUGUGCACCUAUUAAUAUUUUGAAAGCCCUUUUGUUAAUUAAAAUAAAUGUAGUGUUAUUGUAAUUUUUUCCAUGAUUUUUUGUUUGUUCAUUCGGUGCAUAAUAAAUACAAAAUUGUGUUGUCAUAAUAAUAUUCUUCCUCUAGUUAAGUAUAUCUACAGAAUAUUAAAUGUAACUGUAAUUCAUUGAAAGAAAUCAAAUGUUUAUUAACUGUAAAUGUAACAUAGAAGGCUGUUGAUAUUUUAUCAACAAUGCAAUGCAAUGCAGCCCACUAAGCAUGACUUGACUUGACAAAAUACAAUGGAUUUUGACAUUUAAGUCCACUUGCAGCAAAUUUGUUAAAUCUCGAUUCAACUCAAAAACUACAUUUUAUCAUUAAGUGGGCUAUAAGAUAGUUUGCCAUCCUUUUAACAUAAAAAAAUGGCCGCUUACCAUCAAAAUAGACUGGUCCCCAUAGAAAAAUGUCAAAACAUCUAUGUCAAUUUGACAUCAUUGUAGAAGAUCCGAACCUAAAUUGACCUUCACCGAGCUGAUAAUAGAAUGAAACAUAUUUUAUCAUGAAUUUAGUAUAUUAGAAAAUAUAUUAAAAUUGGGUUGCCUAAAAAAACCUGGGCAGACUAUUUUUAAUUAAUUUAAAAGAAAAUCAUUUUGAAUACUUGCAACAUCAAGUUAAUAAGAAAAUGUUGUCCUGACUUACUGUAUAAAAUAUGCAGCCGGAUCGGAUCUUAGACUAUCAUUGUAUGCCCUUAUUCCUUAACGCCCCGCGGGUUUUACUACCGGAGACAAAUGGGAAUGAAUUUCCUCCACUUCAGUUUCUUUUAUUCCUAUUUGCCUCCUGUGGAAAUCCUCGCGAAGGCGACAAUGAUAAAUCUAGUUUUAGCUACAUGAGAGAUUUAGCUAAAUUCCCAGCAAGUGGACCUUAAAUGUCAAUAAAAUGCCGUUUCAGUGUUUAAGCCAAGGGGUAGCAUUGUGGAAUGAUGAGACUGGUCAAAAUGUUAAAAUAUUAAUAUUUAUUUAACAUAAAAAAUAAUAUUAUGCUGUUUAAAUAGUAUCUUUGCACAUACUGUAUUCAAUAAAUAUACUCGUACAUACUUGCGGAUGUGCAUUAUAAAUGCGGAAGCAACAUUUUCGGUCUGUUACUUUUUCACGUCUGAUCCGCUGAAUCGAUUUCGAUGGAUUUUAGUGUAGAAUGAGGAGUACAGAGACUUGGAGGACAAACAAAACAGGUAACCCCCCUUUAUUGUCGCGAAAAUAUUUUAUUUCUACCUUUAAGUGACGUAUUUUCAUUAGAUUAAAAAAAUAAAAAUCAUCUCACAAUAAAAAAAUGUCCUGAAAAUCCGAGUCUCAGCAAAGGUAAACAGACUACAUCUUUCUUCGACUGUACAUUUUUUUAUUUUUAUUUAUGUACUGUACGUAUAUCAAGAUGCUUACCAAUGAUGGUGUAAUAAAAUUUAAAACACAGUUAAACACUUCCAUUGUUUUAUUUUAUCCUUUUCUUUAAAAUACAAGAUCAUUAUUUAGUUUUCUUUCAAGUAUCAGGUAUAUACAUAUUUUCCACAAAUUUUAGCAAAAACUUUAGUAACAUUAUUAACUUAUAAAUGAUAGGUUUGAAAAAAAGAAGUUAUAGAACUGUAAGUUUUUAACAAAUAUUUUUAGCAUUUCAUGAAUUACUCAACACAAAUUACAAAUUAUUGCCUAUUUAAUAAAGAAAAACAACAAAACAAAGUUGCUAAUGAAUUAUUAUAUCUUAACUUAAAUUAUAAAUCUUUCAUACCUAUUCAAUACACAAGGCACAUUCCAAAUGAGACCUUAUUUUUUACACAUUAAGCCACAAUAUCGGCAGGCAUUUCUGGCACUUUAUUCUCAAUAGUCACAGACUUCGUACAAUCUUCGGUCUUGUAUAUGCCCACUAGACGGUUCGAUACCUCAAACAUGUUGUACCUGAGGGAGAUAAUGAUGAAUUGGGCGUUUUUCGUGCGUUCCU